CGCGAGACACAGAUUGCAUUCCAUUCGACGAACACAAAUGCCCGCAUGUUACUGACUUUGCACCGAAAGCUGACAAUGUAGAAGUUGAGAUUCAAGCUGACUACCUGGACAGACCAUGGCCUACCAUAUGGUUCUUAGUUAAAUGGGAAGUUCCUAAGUUAGGUAAGUGUGAUUUUGUUUUCAUGAAUACUUAUACACGAUUCGCCAGUCAUGUGCAUGUACACUCCUUUCCGCAACUAUAUAUAUAUAUAUAUAUAUAUAUAUAUAUAUAUAUAUAUAUAUAUAUAUAUAUAUAUAUAUAUAUAUAUAUAUAUAUAUAUAUAUAUAUAUUUAUAUCACACUUGCGUCGGUUUUCUUUGUUCGUCCGAGGUUUAUAACUAGCUUAUAGACCUUGAAUAAAUGAUUGGAUUAAACUUGUAGACAAAACGCGAGAAUUUUUCAUUAAAAAUUUUUGAAAAUGACAAAAUAUGUUGGAAAACCUCCGCAAGUGUGAUAUAAGUUAGUUAUAAACCGAGUAAGUCGGUUUAUAACUGAUAUAUUGACCCGAGGACGCGUAGCGUCCUCGGGUCAAUAUAUCAGUUAUAAACCUCCUACUCGGUUUAUAACUCUUACAUAUAUAAUUAUAUAUGUAUAUAUAUAUACAUAACUAUUACAGUACUUACUUGUAGGUAGUUGUGGUAAACAUCUAUGGUGUUAGUUCUAUGUUCUAUACUUAUACUUUACAGGAAGAAGAAGCAUUUGGGGUUGGCAGAUCACUGUAAACGGUUUGGAAAACAGCGUGGGGUACGAAAAGUGCUAUCAAGUCAAUUUAAACUGUUCUGAAAUUAACUCAAAAGAG